AUGUGGCGGUCCAUCCCCUUCGAUAAAAGUGGAUGGGAUAACGUUGAACAACAUUACAAGGAUGCCCUCAUGAACCACUUACGGGAAAAUUUCAAUAUUGAUGAAGUGGAACGUGACUAUGAGGCCAAAAACUUGACGGGUGGCAUUAGGACUGUGCUUAUGAAGCGGUACUCUGACCGCAAGUACGAGGCUAAAAAAUUAUUUAAGAGCAAGGGAGGUUACAAUGAUCUUGAGAGUGCACGGGCAUUCCAUCCCAAGGAUAUGCCCUAUGAUAACUGGUUGAGAACCAUUGAAGGUUUCCGGGAAGCUAAAUAUAUUAAAAGAAGCGAGGCCAACACACUAGUACGCGAGAAACAACAAUUCCCAUACCGUGGGGGGACAUCUUCGUACGGUAGCACCGCCUAUAAAAAUGAUAUGGAUUGGGUACCUACGUAUGCUAAAACCCACACGGACAAUCAAGGGAAUUGGGUUGAUCCGGUUGCUGAACAAAAUUACCGGAACAUACAACAGGCCACAAGUCAAUGGAGCGGUGAGGGUCCGCCAAUUGCCCCGUAUCAGGAAGCGUUGGGUGAGCGGCGAGGAUGGUACCGCGGGAUGGGGCCUAAACCUUCUUCCAACACGUCCUCGCACUCGUCAUCUAACAUGUCGUCUUCGCAAGCUCGGACGCAAGAACCCUUUUCCGAGGAUUUUGUUAACAGCUUGUUCCAAACCCCGUCAUUUUUUAACCAACUUAACAACUAUCUUGCUUCACAAGGAAAAGGAAAAGGAAAGUCAAAAGGCUACGAUUCUGACAACUUAUUCGAUAAUGAAUCCGACGAUGAACCCAACGAUAACGAUGACGAUGAGUGACUUGUUUUUAAUGUAUGCUUUGGAUUUAAUUAAACGUUGUAGGAUAUAAUGUACGACUUAAACGUAGUUUUUAAUUAUAUUACCUUUAGUAUAUGUUGAUUAUGUUCA